AUGUUGGGCCUUAAAAGGCGAUCACGAAAAUAUCAGAAUGAAAAUACACAUUUGAGACGUUUAACGCAAGCUUAUCUCACGCCAAUCAGUCAAUUUCAACCAUUGGUCGUUCAUACUGCACACGAGAAAGUGGAUAGUGUUUACUACUUAGUACAAAAACUUGUAUUGAAACAUCAAAGUGUAACAAGCGGAUUAUUUCCACGAUAUUCCAAAAGUCAUGAAAUUGGCUUUGUCAAGGAUAGUAUCUAUUGUGCUUUGGCAUGUUGGACUUGUUCGAUUGCUUGCAAACGACUGGACGAUGAUCGAGGACGACAAACAGAAUUGAAGCAAUCUGCAGUGAAAACGAUGCGAGGAAUUAUGUUUUGCUGGAUGCAACAGCUUAAUAACCUCAAUCGUUUCAAAGAAAACAUUUCACCAGAAUUCGCUUUACACGCAUGCUUUGAUUUGCACACAGGCAUGGUUCUUGAAACACCGAGUGAAAAAAAAUAUGGACACUUACAAAUGGAUCUUGUUGCAUUGUAUCUCUUGGCUUUGGUUCAAAUGACUGCAGCUGGUAUUCAGGUAAUUUACACGCAUGAUGAAGUUUGUUUUGUCCAGAAUCUUGUUUUCUAUAUCGAACGAACUUAUCGUACACCAGAUUUUGGUAUGUGGGAAAUGGGUUCGAGGUACAAUGUUGGUGAACGCGAACUUCAUGCUAGCAGUCUUGGAAUGGUAAAGGCUGCAUUGGAAUCAAUAAAUGGUUUUAAUCUUUAUGGGAUGGCUGGAACCAGUUCAUCUGUAAUAUAUGUUGAUAUUGAUGGGCAUAACAGAAAUCUUACUACUUUUGAAACGAUUUUGCCAAGGGAAAGCAAUUCGAAGAAUACUGACGCUGCAUUGCUGCUAUCGAUAGGAUGGCCAGCUUUUGCAACGCAUAAUCCGGAACUCUAUGAAAAAACAUUCAACAAAUGUAUUCGACGUCUAGAAGGGCGAUAUGGGUUGAAGAGAUUUCUGCGGGAUGGCUAUCAUACUGAACUUGAAGAUGCUUCGAGACAGUAUUACAAGGAGCAUGAAACAUCACGUUUUCAGGAUAUCGAAUGUCAAUUUCCAGUUUUCUUCGCCUACAUUGCUAUUACUGCUCAUCUUCGUGGAGAUCAAAAAUUAUCUCGUUCUUAUUGGCAAAAAACGAAUGACAUGCUUGUUUCGAGCGAAAAAACAUCAUACUUGAUAUUGCCAGAAUGCUAUAUCAUUGAUAAAGAGGAUAUGGAUGCUGAAAGAAUGAAACCGAAUUCCCAGGAUUUUUAUCCAGCGAGCUCAAGCGAGUUUGGUCACCAUCUUUGGUCUAAUGCUGUUUAUCUAAUAGCAUUACUUCUAAAGGAUGAGUUCAUUUAUUUAACGGACAUCGAUCCGAUCUGUCGACAUCUUCCAGCCAGCCAACGUCCAAAGUACCAGAAUCGUCAUUCCGUAUUUCGGAAUUGUUUGGAAGGCGAUCCGGUAGUUCAAGUUGUUCUGAUUGCCGAGUCAAGUCGUUUGCAAAUGAUGCUUUCAACAUAUGGCAUUGAUACCCAAACUUCUUAUGAUCUUGAGCCGGUGCGAAUUUGGCCAAGUUGGAGGAUGGUGAAGGUAUUCGAAUCCUUAGGAAAAAAUGAAAAAAUGGGCUUGAGCGGUCGACCAGGACGGCCAUUUGGUCCUCUUAACACGAGCAAAAUUUUCAAACGUUUUGGUGAUACUAUUCUUUGUUAUCCAUUAUUAUUCGAAGUGAAAGACUUCUACAUCAACGCAGAUCCGGCUGUAUUAAUCAACGAAAUUAAGUUAAAUUUGGAAUUUAUAUCGAAAGGAUGGAAGCUUACUGGACGUCCCACAUUUUGUAUGGUUUUACGAGAGGAAAUUAUGAGUGGUGAAUAUUUCAAUCACAUGUUAGAUUUACUGAUCUCGUUGAAGAACGGUUGUGUUAGUGGAGUACGAGUACGAGUUGGUAGACUUCAUCAGCUUUUGAAUUCUGGAUGUGUGGAACAUGUCGAUUUUGCUACUGGUGAUGAUGGUAAUUAUGACGAUUUUGAAGAGUUGGGCGAUACAGAUUCGCAACUGAUUUCUCUAGUUUCAGUACGAGAUAUUAAUGAAGAUGACACCCAAAGUGCUGAGCAUGAUUACAAAUCGAAAUCGGAUCACGAAUUAUGUGAGGUUGUUCGGAAAUACAAUAUUAAUGGAGCUCGGAAAAUGGCAUUUGCAAUUGUGAUACUCUCUCAACGCUAUGGAAUGGAAUAUGUCGUGGAUGGAGAAAGUUUGGAGAAGCGUUUGGAACGCAUUUAUCGCCAAGCAUGUGCUAAACGUCGUUGGUGGCUAGUUCGUUACUGUGCUGCAAAGCUCCGAAAAGUGGCAAAUUCAUUGGCACCUGGCAUAACGAGCAUGCUUGUUAGAGGGAAACAGAUUACUGUUGGAGUUACUGGUUGUCAAGAAAUGACCAUAACAUCACCAACAACUCCGGAUCAAAUAGCUGACGCGCUAUUUGCUUCAUAUCCAGAAAAUGAACCGCAAGCUAUUGUCCUACAGCAGGAACUCAUCAUUGCAUGCUCGGAUUUAAUAGCACAGAAGCCGUAUGCAUUUGAUGGCGUUCUGACAAUUCGAUUAGCAUGGCUAGCGGAUGCGAUGUCAUUAAUGCUCAAUUAUGUGCGAAGUGCAGGAAAUGCUAGAAAAGAUCCCGUUAUCAAAAUGCUUGACACAUCAUUUUCAUCGAAACAAGCAAAUAUUUAUUCGAAGCUUGGUGAAAACACAAGUGUUUACGAUCUCUCGCCAAUCGUUGUUAAGGAUGUUGUCGCCGCAUUGUUAACCAAAAAAUAUUGGCACUUGCUAACUCCUUUGCAAUCACGACGUUUGAAUGGUUCACUGAACCGUGUACCACCUAACUUUUACGAUAGAGUUUGGAAAAUUUUAGAACGUACGCAAGGUGGCAUCGUCAUUACUGGACAACAUCUUCCUCAGCAACCAACAUUGAGUGACAUGACACCAUUCGAAUUGACUUUCUCGUAUAGAAUUGAAUCUAUGAUGAGUACUAUCGAACAUCCAGAAUAUCGUCAGAUUCUUGUGGAACUAUUAUGUAUCAUUGCCGUUAUUUUGGAACGAAAUAGAGAGCUGGUGUUCAGUGAGAAGCUAGAUUUGGAUCAGCUCAUUUCUACAGCUUUUCUGCGAUAUUGUUCAGAUUAUGAAAUUGAAGAUAGGAAUGAUAUGACGCCCUUCUAUGAAUUAAACGAUUCAGAUUUAACAAGAAAUUCAACAGCUAAUUAUUUUGUUCGAGCUGUAAUUAAUUUCUUGUUGAAUGGAAUAUGUGUCAACCAAUGGGAAAUACCUGCCUCUGUCUCUAAUUCCGAACGAUCUGACAACCAAGGAUAUAGUAGUUGCUUAGUGAGCUAA